UUCAAGAUGGAUGGAAUCACGGCGGCGGCGGCGCCCGCGAGCUAAGCGUCAGCGGACCUAGGCCUGUGGUCCGACUCCGAGCUAAGGGUUGGGAUAUGAUUUUUUCCCUGAGGACUUCUUUUGCUGCAUCACAGAAAUUUUGGAACAGCAUUCUGUGGCUUCGUGCUCUCCUCAAAAUCUACCGGGUCCCCUGCCUCACCAGAUAAACCCAAACAAUGGAGGGACUUCUGCAUUAUAUAAAUCCAGCACAUGCCAUUUCUCUCCUCAGCGCUCUAAAUGAGGAGCGUCUCAAAGGACAGCUCUGUGAUGUUCUUCUAAUAGUGGGAGACCAAAAAUUUCGAGCUCAUAAAAACGUCUUGGCUGCCAGCAGUGAAUAUUUUCAGACUUUAUUCACAAAUAAAGAAAAUGAGUCCCAAACAGUAUUUCAACUUGACUUCUGUGAACCAGAUACUUUUGAUAAUGUAUUAAAUUAUAUUUACUCUUCAUCUUUAUUUGUAGAGAAAAGCAGCCUUGCUGCUGUGCAAGAACUUGGCUACAGUCUUGGUAUUUCUUUCCUUACUAACAUUGUUUCCAAGACACCACAAAUCUCUUUUCCAGCAUGUCCCAAUAAGAAAAAAAUAUUUCAAGAAGGAGAUGAAAGUAGCUCUCAAAAAAGAAGUGUUAUUGUUUGUCAAAGCAGAAUUGAAGCACAGGGAAAGAAUGCUAGUCAAAUUCAACAUGACCUAAGCCAUACUUCAAAGCCUUCACCUAGCAUUGCAGUCAAGAAUAAUAUGAGUAGACCACAUGUCACAAAACCAAUUGAACCACUUCACAAUUUGUCAUUAAAUGAAGGAAGGUGGCCAAAAGAAAGUUCUUUGUGUUAUCCCAAGCUUAUUGAGCCUUCUGGAUCUUUGGAUGAUCAGUGUAGAAGUGGUUUGGUAAAAAGAAAUACAGUGUUACCUUCAAAACCCCUACAGGACAGAGAAACUUCAGAUGAUAAACAAGGAAUAUGUAGUCAGCCUUUAAGAGAGAAAGCUAUAGAAAUGUCUUUGAAAAAACCACAGCCACCUGUUUUGUCUCUUUGUAGCUCAUCAGAGGCUCCAUAUCUGUUACAAGAAACUGGCAAAGGAAGCAGUCAAGGGGAAGAUAGAAAUUUACUGUACUACUCAAAAUUAGGAUUAGUGAUCCCAUCUAGUGGACCAGGUCCUAGAAACCAAAGUAUCGACGGAAGUGGCCCACUUGUUAAGAGUCUUCUCCGACGGUCAUUAUCAGUGGAUAGUCAGGUUCCUAUGUAUUCUUCGGUUAGUUUGAAAACCUCACAAGGACCAUCUUCAAUAACAAAUGAUGCACCAGAGAAAACAUUUAGUGCUGCAUCUCAAAAGUCAUCUUUGAAAGAGUCUACUGAAAAAACAGUGCUAGUUGACCAGACACAGGUCAUACACCCACAUCGCCUUAGGUCCUUCAGUGCCUCUCAGUCAUCAGAAAGGGAGAUAGCCUCACCUGUUACAGAGGUACGAAUAAAAACUGAGCCUAGCAGUCCACUUUCAGAUCCUUCUGAAAUAAUCAGGGUCACUAUAGGAGAUGCAGCAGCAUCAGUUAAUAAAAACUUCUCUUUUAAGAUAGAAGAUGAUCAAGGUCACCAAAGUAGAGUCAUAGCAAAAAGGAGAUUUCAAGCUGACCGAAGGUUACCAUUUAAAAAACUGAAGGUAAAUGAGCAUGGUUCUCUUGGAUCAGAGGAUAAUUUUGAAGAAAACUCAAGCCCUACUCACCUAGAUGCUGAGUUCCCAGAUUCAGAUUUUAGUAAAGAUGAAUAUAGUGAGUUGGAGGAAACUAGACCAAAUAGAAAAUUUAAAUGCAAGCAUUGCCUUAAAAUUUUUAGAUCCACAGCAGGUCUUCAUCGUCAUGUUAAUAUGUACCAUAACCCUGAAAAACCUUAUGCUUGUGAUAUUUGUCACAAACGAUUUCAUACAAACUUCAAAGUCUGGACACAUUGUCAGACACAGCAUGGGAUUGUGAAGAAUCCAUCACCAGCUUCUAGUUCACAUGCUGUCUUGGAUGAAAAAUUCCAAAGAAAAUUAAUUGACAUAGUCAGAGAGAGAGAAAUUAAAAAAGCCCUGAUUAUUAAAUUAAGGCGUGGCAAAUCAGGUUUUCAGGGACAAACCAGUUCACAAGCACAGCAAGUCAUCAAAAGGAACUUAAGAUCCAGAGCCAAAGGAGCAUACAUUUGUACUUAUUGUGGGAAAGCAUACCGUUUUCUUUCUCAGUUUAAACAACACAUAAAAAUGCACCCAGGAGAAAAACCACUAGGAGUAAAUAAAGUUGCCAAACAAAAAGAACAUGUUCCUCAUGAAAGUUCAGUAGAAAAGGAGACUUACCAGUGCCACCUCUGCAAUGCUAAGCUCUCCUCUCUUUUAGAACAAGGAAACCAUGAACGAUUAUGCAGAAAUGCUACAGUUUGCCCUUAUUGCAGCCUUAGAUUCUUUUCCCCAGAACUGAAGCAUGAACAUGAAAGUAAAUGUGAGUAUAAAAAGCUGACUUGCCUUGAAUGUAUGCGUACUUUUAAAUCUUCUUUUAGUAUUUGGCGCCACCAAGUUGAAGUUCAUAAUCAGAAUACCAUGGCUCCACCAGAAAACUUUUCUCUUCCUAUUGCUGACCACAAUGGUGAUGUUACUAGUACUUCAAAACUGCAGCCCCAGUCUGAGCUAAAUAAAGUAAACCAUUUUAUUACCACAAAAGAAGAUGGAGUAUUCAGUGAUUCUUCAGAACAAAUUAAUUUUGAUUCAGAAGACUCUUCAUGUCUCCCUGAAGACCUGAGUGUUUCUAAACAACUUAAAAUUCAGAUCAAGGAAGAGCCUGUAGAAGAUACUCAGGAUGAUGCAUCUGGAACUAAUUUAGCUUCAAAAGAUGGAGUAUGUAAUAAAGACUCUGGUGUAUGGCCCUGUGAAAAGUGUGGGAAAAUGUUUACUGUACAUAAACAGUUAGAGCGUCACCAGGAGCUUUUGUGCUCUGUGAAACCAUUUAUUUGUCACGUAUGCAACAAAGCUUUUCGUACUAACUUUCGUCUCUGGAGCCAUUUCCAGUCCCAUAUGUCCCAGACUACGGAAGAAUCUGUACGUAAAGAUCCUGAGUCAUGCCCCCCAGCUCACUCCCCAUCACCACCACCUCUGCCUCCAGCACUGCCCAAAAUUCAGCCUUUAGAACCUGACAGCCCUACUGGUUUGUCUGAGAGUACAUCUACUACUGAGAAACUGUUUGUUCCCCAAGAAUCAGACACACUCUUUUAUCAUGCCCCACCCCUUUCAGCAAUCACAUUUAAAAGGCAAUAUAUGUGUAAGCUUUGUCAUAGGACAUUUAAGACUGCAUUUAGUCUUUGGAGUCAUGAACAAACACACAAUUAACAAUUAAGAGACUCAUCUGUUAAGAAAUUGGAAAUUAUUUCCAGAAUACUUAAGAAAUUCAACUUAAAGAUUCAAACAAGUGGUAAGAGACAAAAAUGGCAAAAAAUAAAGGUUGGAACUUCUUGGGUUUUAAGAUGAAUUUAACUGCUGUUAGAAGAUAGAAUUCUAAAUAGGCUUCUGAAAAACAAAGUUUUGUGGUCUGGGAUCUAAUAGCAGAAUAAAUUUAUUAACUUUGGAAUUUUUAUAUUAUCUUUAUUGUAUGUAUAGUUCUUCAUUCCAUGAAGUCACUAUAAUUUUCAAAUCUUGGCUGCUAACAGUGAGUUAAAAUUAGCAGAAUACUAUAACUGACUUCUUGUUUCAAUUAUAUUGAACACUCAUAUAUUCUGUUGAAGCUCCAUUAAAUACUUGUCACAUUCUUAAAUAUUUGUCAUGUUCUUGAAGUUAAGUUUAUAGGGAAGAAGUGGAUUUAGUAUUUUGUUGUAUUGAUUUAGGUUUUAGUAUCCUUUAGCAGUAAGUAUAAAUCUCAAUUUUCACGAGUUACCCUAACAUUUAAUAGAAAGGUUUUUAUAUCUUAUGGUCAUGUGGAAUUUUUUUUAUUAUUAUUAUAUUAUUCUUGUGCAAAAUUUUAAUGAAGCAAAGUCAACAUAGUAAUAGUAAUACUUGAGUUGAUAUGAAGCUGAGAAACUACCAGUCGUUAAGUACUGUUAUUAACAGUGGUUAAAUGCUAAAGAAGGCUUGGGAAAUUAAAAUGUACUGCUUAAUAAGAGGAUUUAACAGUUUACAAUAGCUUCAGUAAUUGUAAUAAAACAGUAUUCCACUAUGUUGUAAUGUAAACUAUAGCAUUCAAAUACAAAGAACAUUUGAAUGGAUUUUCAAAGUUUUGUGUUUCUCAUAGUUGAUACUAUUUGUUUUUUUUUAAGAUGGAAUGUAUUAGAACUUGAAACACUGAAACAGAUAGUUAAGAUAAAAAGGAACAUCAUACACAUGGCACUAAUUUUUCAUUAUAAUACUAAUUGUACUUUUGAACAAAAAGUUGGAAUAUGCACAUAGCUAUCAAAUAACAUGAAGUAGGUAGACUCUAUAUUUUAAAAUAACAUUAUAUAUGCUAUAAUUCAAAGCUGAGGGAAAAGCACCAGACUACAUUUUUCUAGAAUGGCAUAUAUAAUAUAUAUACAUAUGUAUUUUCUGUCCACUUAUUUUUUGUGAUUUGUGUUAAAAUUCUUUGCUUUGGGGGUUAUCCUUUUCAAAAGGUAGUAAUAAUAGUGGAAAGAUGUAAAAAAAAUUGUUAAAAAUGAAGGCAAAGGUCCAAAGUUAAUUUUUGUCAGAGUAGAGUGGAAUAAUAUGAAAGUAUUGAAUUAAUCCUUGUAAAGAUAAUAUGAGUUAAAUUUCAGAGUUUUAAAAAGCGUAUUCUUUUUGGCAGGUAGGGGGAAGAAACUCCUUUGACUAGAAAAGGAUUUGCUAUUGCUCUAGUAGAGCACUACACCUUUCUUAACUAUAUUUACUCAUAUUCCAGACCAAUGGAGAGAAAAUGUUAGUAUUGAAAUUUCUUUUAUUAUAAUACAUGGAAACACCUUUUUGUGAAAAAGUAAGUGAAUUUGUACACUUCUUAAUCUUAUAUGAAAUUUUGUCUUUUAUUCCCAUAUGAAGAGCUAUUCUAAGUCAUUUUAAAAAUCUAAAACAAUAUUCAUAAUUGUAUCCUGUUUUAUCCUUACUGAUUUUUUUUAAACUUAGGAAAGCUAACUAUUGCUAUCUUUACUUUUACAUGAGAGAGGAAAUCUAUGCAUCAGAAAGAUAAAAUUGGGAAAUAGUAGUAUCUUUUUUUUUAAUUCUAGAGGCUUUGGUGUUUAUUAGUGUUUCUUCUAUAAUGUAACUCAAAUCUUGAACACUUGGAAAAGAUUACAUACUUUUGUUGUCAAAAAGAAGAUACUUUCCAGAAAUUAUUAUUGCCUGCAUAAUUAUUAAUCAGAUUAAUUUCAUCUGGAAAAGUGCAUUAAUGAAGUAUCUUUUUGGACUGUAGGAUUAUAUAUCACAAGUUAUUAUUAUGCUUGGUUUUUGAACAUUUUUAAGUAUUUUUAAAAAUCAGUUACAGUUUUUUAAAAAUCUAAAUACAAUCUUAAGUAUGGGUUAAUAUUAAAGUAAAAUUUCUAAUUUUGAGGAUGUUUUGUCUUAUGUUUUUAAAUUAAUGUUCUUAUCCAUUCAAGGGACACAAGAUCUCCAAAUAAAGUUUUGAAUCUGAAAUAUUUACAUGGCAGUUAAUGUUUUUUUCUGUUCUUUUUUCUUUAAUAUAGGAUCUUAAAUACCAUUUGGACAUGAAAGUGUUUAUUUUGUUGAGUAAGAAAUAAACUAUGCUUCCAUUCAUGUGACCUGAGUAAAUUUUCUUGCAUAAAACAACAGAAAUGUUAGUUGCUUUCAUUAUUUUCUAAUGAGCUUUUAAGAAACUUUUGUUAAUGUCAGCAUUUCCACAGCAAGGGACAAAUUGAUAGUUACAAAUAAAUUAUCUUUAUUUUUGCAGCUCCUUAUAACUUUUCAAGUUGUCUACCUUAUUCAGAAAUGGAUUUAUAGGAAGAUCACAAAAAUGUUUUAAUGUAUACUUUGUUAACGUGAGAAUUUAGGUAUUGAGUACUCAUUUUCUUACAUUAAAAAAAUUAACGUAAAGGCUGUACAUUCUUAUCAAAAUAAGCAAUGGAAAAAUUAUAUGUUAUGUAUUUCAGAGUUGGAAACGUGAGCUUUAAUAUUAAUUGAAUGUUUUUCUUUAAAACUAGUUUUUAUACAUUUUUGGUUGAAUGGAACCAUAUAAAGGGAUAGCAGUAGUUUUAGCUGUAUUUUUGUCUAAAAAAUAAGUAAUUUUGUCUUUAGACUUUACAGUUAGGGAAGCAAUGCAUAGCACUCUUUCAUAUUUCAGAAACAUAAUAUAGACUUUGUUCCUAAAUGUACCGUAACAUAAUGAAUGCUAUAAUUUUGCAUGUAACAUUAAUUGGUGCUUGUAAGAGUAAUUUGUGUGGAACAAAAGUUAAAUGUAACCAUUAGUGGAAAAUUGACUUGGGAGGUAAGAGGAAAUAUAGUAAAGAACUAAAUUGUUCUGAAAAUAAUCUGCCAUUCUGUUUUCCACUAAAUUCAGCCAUUUUAAUUUUUCAAUACAGUCUGUGUGUAUCAUCUACACUGGUACUUGUGUGAGUAUAAAUAUUUAGAUUACUUAGAUUUUUCCUACCAAAAGGACUUAGAAGUAAUGCAAAACAGGUUCCUAUAUUUUUCAUGUUAUUAAUUGAUUAUUAGCUUUUAAUGUCUUGCUGAAAUAUUUGUGAAAGAUGCCAUGGAAUAGAAUCAGUUUGAAAUAACAGCCUUAUCUGUAAAACACUAAAUAUAGUUAAGCCUGAAGUUUUUAAAAAUAUAUUUUUUCUUAUACUCUUUUUAGAUUUGUUAUUUGGAGCAUUUUUUUUUGUUUUGCCAAAUUGAAUAUACCAGUUUAGUGUUUAUAUUUAUGUUUGUGUCCUGGGUUAUUGUGAUAUUCUACCACAAUAAGGAGGAGGAGAGAUUUUGAAAUAAGAAAAAAUAUUUAUAUCACAUUUUGUAAAACUUAAAAAUACAGACUGAAUUGGUGAUUUUCCUUGAAAAUAACAGAAUUCAGUAACAUUUAAUCUUAUUCAUUGAUGUGUAUACCAGAAUUUCCAACAAGCUAUUCUGAUACUGAUGCCCUAGUUUUCAAGUGGUGAUGCUUUUUCCUUUUGACAUCAACCACUUGAAGUUGCUUUAAAAUUCUGAUUAAAAUGGCUGUGAAGGGAAGGAAAAAAGAGCUGUUUUAUAGUCCUGCAUAUUUUGUAGCUAUAUCUUCAUACAGUAAAUCAUUGUUGAAUUUUAUUUAUGAAUAAAUAAGUUUUUUUAAAUUUCUAA